ACAGAAGUUGGUGAGGUCUGGCAAUGGAGGAUAAAAGAAAUUGCGGACUGAUUCCCGCCCUGGUUGCCUGAGCCCCCAAAGGAACAUCUCUGCUGCGUUGGGGCUGAGUGUGGACGCGCCGCUCGCAACCCGCCAGGGCUGGGAGUUUGCAGACCGUCCCUGCCACGGCCCGCUUGGCCGCGGCCCUGCGGCUCCCGUGGCGGCGGCGGCCCUAGGCGCAAUCUAGCCCAGGUACCCGCGUUGCAGGCUCAGGGUGCCGCGACCCCGCGCCCCGCCACACCUCGGGCCUCGCGGGUACGGCGGUCGACUUUCGUUUCUGUCUGCUGCUGCCGCCCAACAGGGAGGAGUGAUUCCUAUCCUAAAGUGGACAUUGGCGGAGGCUCCCUUAGGCCACAAUGGAAGAGAGGAAAGGAAACUGGCUGACGCAAGAGCCGGAGUGAGGCCAGCAGACUCGCGCACGCAGCCUGCACCAUGAAUUCGUGUCUGCCUUGCACGCGUUAAGAGCAGAGGGCAGGUGAAGUUGCUGGAGAGCAAUGGCUCUCUUCACUCCGUGGAAGUUGUCCUCUCAGAAGCUAGGCUUUUUCCUGGUGACUUUCGGCUUCAUUUGGGGUAUGAUGCUCCUGCAUUUUACCAUCCAACAGCGAACUCAGCCUGAAAGCAGCUCCAUGCUACGUGAGCAGAUCCUGGACCUCAGCAAAAGGUACAUCAAGGCUCUGGCAGAAGAAAACAGGAACGUGGUGGAUGGACCAUAUGCUGGUGUCAUGACAGCUUAUGAUCUGAAGAAAACCCUUGCUGUGUUAUUGGAUAACAUUUUGCAGCGCAUUGGCAAGUUAGAGUCGAAGGUGGAUAAUCUCGUUGUCAAUGGCACAGGGACCAAUUCGACCAACUCUACCACAGCUGUUCCCAGCUUGGUAGCACUUGAGAAGGUUAAUGUGGCAGAUAUCAUUAACGGAGCUCAAGAAAAAUGUGUAUUGCCUCCUAUGGAUGGCUACCCCCACUGCGAGGGGAAGAUCAAGUGGAUGAAAGACAUGUGGCGUUCAGAUCCCUGCUACGCAGACUACGGAGUGGAUGGGUCCACCUGCUCCUUUUUUAUUUACCUCAGUGAGGUUGAAAACUGGUGUCCUCAUUUACCUUGGAGAGCAAAAAAUCCCUAUGAAGAAGCUGAUCAUAAUUCAUUGGCGGAAAUUCGUACGGAUUUUAAUAUUCUCUACAGUAUGAUGAAAAAGCAUGAAGAAUUCCGGUGGAUGAGACUGCGGAUCCGGCGAAUGGCUGAUGCGUGGAUCCAAGCAAUCAAGUCCCUGGCAGAAAAGCAGAAUCUUGAAAAGAGAAAGCAGAAGAAAGUCCUCGUUCACCUGGGACUCCUGACCAAGGAAUCUGGAUUUAAGAUUGCAGAGACAGCUUUCAGUGGUGGCCCUCUCGGUGAAUUAGUUCAGUGGAGUGAUUUAAUUACAUCUCUGUACUUACUGGGCCAUGACAUUAGGAUUUCAGCUUCACUGGCUGAGCUCAAGGAAAUCAUGAAAAAGGUUGUAGGAAACCGAUCUGGCUGCCCAACUGUAGGAGACAGGAUCGUUGAGCUCAUUUAUAUUGAUAUUGUGGGACUUGCUCAAUUCAAGAAAACUCUUGGACCGUCGUGGGUUCAUUACCAGUGCAUGCUCCGAGUCCUGGAUUCGUUUGGCACUGAACCGGAGUUCAAUCAUGCUAAUUAUGCCCAGUCUAAAGGCCACAAGACCCCCUGGGGAAAAUGGAAUCUGAACCCCCAGCAGUUUUAUACCAUGUUCCCUCACACCCCAGACAACAGCUUCCUGGGGUUUGUGGUCGAGCAGCACCUGAACUCCAGCGAUAUCCAUCACAUCAAUGAGAUCAAAAGGCAGAACCAGUCCCUUGUGUAUGGCAAAGUGGAUAGCUUCUGGAAGAAUAAGAAGAUCUACUUGGACAUAAUUCACACGUACAUGGAAGUGCAUGCUACUGUCUAUGGCUCCAGCACCAAGAAUAUCCCCAGUUACGUAAAAAACCAUGGUAUCCUCAGUGGACGGGAUCUGCAGUUUCUUCUCCGAGAAACCAAAUUGUUCGUUGGACUUGGGUUCCCUUAUGAGGGCCCAGCUCCCCUGGAGGCUAUUGCAAAUGGAUGUGCUUUUCUGAAUCCCAAGUUCAACCCACCCAAAAGCAGCAAGAACACAGACUUUUUCAUUGGCAAGCCAACUCUGAGAGAGCUGACAUCCCAGCAUCCUUACGCUGAAGUUUUCAUCGGCCGGCCACACGUUUGGACUGUCGACCUCAACAAUCAGGAGGAAGUAGAGGAUGCGGUGAAAGCAAUUUUAAAUCAGAAGAUCGAGCCUUACAUGCCAUAUGAAUUUACAUGUGAGGGGAUGCUACAGAGAAUCAAUGCUUUCAUCGAAAAACAGGAUUUCUGCCAUGGGCAAGUGAUGUGGCCGCCCCUCACAGCCCUGCAGGUGAAGCUUGCUGAGCCCGGCCAGUCCUGCAAACAGGUGUGCCAGGAGAGCCAGCUCAUCUGUGAGCCUUCUUUCUUCCAGCACCUCAACAAGGACAAGGACAUGCUGAAGUACGAGGUGAUCUGCCAAAGCUCUGAGCUGGCCAAGGACAUCCUGGUGCCCUCCUUUGACCCCAAGAACAAGCACUGUGUGUUUCAAGAUGACCUCCUGCUCUUCAGCUGUGCUGGCGCCCACCCCAGGCACUGGAGGAUCUGCCCCUGCCGGGACUUCAUCAAAGGCCAGGUGGCUCUCUGUAAAGACUGCCUAUAGCAGCCACUCGCUCAGCCCCACACCAUGCUGCUGGGACAAACAGUGGCUCCAGCCCCGCUGGGCAGGGCCAGGGGCCUGAACAUUUUGGUAGAAGCUUUUCAUUUUGGUGUUGCUCCUGCUGCUAUCAGAGCAGCCCCAUGGAGUCUUUCACCAAACCAAAAGGAGAGCAGAUAGCAGGCCGGAGUUUGGUUCUCCCUGGCAUAGCACCGUUUCCAUUUCUCAAGGAGCAACUAUGGGGAGACUCUGUGGAUUCAGCUGCUCCAGGGUAAAAAGAGAGUCUCAAGAGUCAUUUAAAACUAAACAAGAGGAGGAAUCAAGCUGAUUGGAAAGAACUUUGAAUGGGAACAUUCCUAAACCCAUUAACUUAUUUAUUUGGGAGGGAGGGAGGGGGGCGAGGAAGGGA